AUGGCAACAACUUCAGCUGGUGGCGAUAGAGCUGCCAUGGUCAACGCCAACAGUACUAAAGCGUCAAAUAGGACUACUAUGGAACGAGCCAUUAAAAGCGUUCAAUUUCCAAUUAGCGAAAAAUUGAGUAUGGAGGAUGUUUAUGAUAGGCGGACAUCGAAACCGCGUUCCGACAUUUUGAAAGAGCAUUUUACCAAGGAAGGUCGCAUCCAGGAGGAGGUUGCAUUACGAAUAAUUUCGGAAUGCACAACCCUUUUUCGUCAGGAAAAAACAAUGCUUGACGUUGAAGCACCAGUCACCGUAUGCGGUGAUAUACAUGGCCAAUUUUAUGAUUUAAUGAAACUUUUUGAGGUGGGAGGGUCGCCUGCAUCGACUAAAUAUCUUUUUCUGGGAGAUUAUGUUGAUCGGGGUUAUUUUUCGAUCGAAUGUGUGUUGUAUUUGUGGGCACUUAAAAUCUGUUUCCCAACAACGUUGUUUUUGCUUCGGGGAAACCACGAAUGCCGCCAUCUUACGGAAUAUUUCACCUUCAAGCAAGAGUGUAAGAUCAAAUAUUCCGAAAAGGUUUACGAUGCUUGUAUGGAUUCGUUUGAUGCUCUUCCUCUUGCAGCACUUAUGAAUCAGCAAUUCCUUUGUGUCCACGGUGGCCUUUCUCCAGAGAUCCAUACCUUAGAAGACAUUAAAAAGUUGGAUCGAUUCAAAGAACCACCAGCUUUUGGUCCCAUGUGUGAUUUACUCUGGUCUGAUCCACUAGAAGAUUUUGGCAGUGAAAGGAAUUCGGAGCAAUUUUCACACAAUUCCGUCCGGGGAUGUUCGUAUUUUUAUAGCUAUGCAGCAUGUUGUGAUUUCUUGCAGCAUAAUAACCUCUUGUCAAUUAUCCGUGCUCACGAAGCUCAAGAUGCCGGGUAUCGAAUGUAUCGAAAAUCGCAAGCAACCGGGUUCCCUUCUCUAAUAACUAUAUUUAGUGCUCCAAAUUAUCUUGAUGUAUAUAACAACAAAGCUGCGAUAUUAAAGUACGAAAAUAAUGUGAUGAAUAUACGGCAAUUCAAUUGUUCACCGCAUCCAUAUUGGCUGCCUAAUUUUAUGGACGUGUUUACAUGGUCCCUUCCUUUUGUUGGGGAAAAAGUGACUGAAAUGCUCGUGCAUAUAUUGAAUAUUUGUUCGGAUGACGAACUGAUGGCCGAUUCGGAUGACACAUUCGAAGGUGGUGUUCCAUCGGCACGGAAGGAAGUUAUUCGGCAUAAAAUUCGAGCAAUCGGUAAAAUGGCUCGCGCUUUCUCAGUGUUAAGAGAAGAAAGUGAGUCUGUAUUACAACUAAAGGGACUUACACCAACCGGCAAUUUACCACUGUUCACACUUCAGGAAGGGAGACGUGGAAUUCAAGAGGCAUUAUCCGGGUUGGGACCUGGUCAUCGGAUUCAGUCAUUCGAUGAAGCGAAACGGUUAGACAAAAUCAAUGAACGCAUGCCUCCAUCAAUGGUAACUCCAACACAAUCACCAAUGGCCAGUCCAUCGGCUCGUCGCACCACUCCAAAUGUCAGCAAUAGUACGACAGUCAUACCACCAGUAACAACUGCAACAAUUUAG